CACUGUCUGUCUCCCGAAUACUGUACGGUCUGUUUGUAAAUGUCAAACAAACAUUAGUGCAGUGUGUGUGUGUGAGACACGGCCGCACGGUUUAUUUUAUUCACUCGAGAAUACUUACUUAAAUGCUCAUACAUAACUGCAUCCGAUCAUUAUUUUAUCCCAUGUAGUUGGUGGCACUACCACAGUCUUGUUACAUCCGGCGGUGAUAGCACUAGUGCAAUGAAUCCCGUCUGCUAUAAUGGGGGGGCCCAUGAUAGACUUAUACAUGAGGCUGACCAGCUCAUUUCUCAUAUUGAACGCGGAUCCAUGAUACUAAAACUUUAUCCGCGCAAGCGGCCCGAGCGUCGUUCUCUCUCCGUAAGGAGGGAAACCCUACAAAUUAUUUGGGCCAGAGCAGGAAUUCCUCCGAAGAAUAUGUUUGAAGGCGCGCUCGACAUUCGAGAUAUCAAGGAAGUGAGACUCGGCAAGGGAUCCAAACACUUCGAGCGCUGGGCGGAGGAGGUGAAGAGGCUGGAGAGCUCCAAAUGUUUCACCAUCUAUUAUGGUUCUGAAUUCAAACUGCGCGCAGCUUCGUUUGCAGCCCAAACUGACAAGGAAUGUGAAGCCUGGGUAAAGGGAAUCAGGUUUCUCAUUGAGGAGGCAGUGAAUGCAUCAUACCCCUUGCAAAUUGAGAGAUGGCUGCGGAAGGAGUUCUAUGCUAUAGAAAACGCUCAUGAAAAGAAACUAAGUAAAUGUUUCGCAGUAAAGUUAUUUAAACUAAAACUCGGAAGAAUAUCGAGGGUGAAAAAACAACACACCAUCUCAUUGAAGGAAGUGAAGGGAUUCCUUCCGAAAAUAAACUGUAAGAUAGCCACCAACAAGCUGCGGGAUAUAUUUCAAGAGGUGGACACAGAUAAAAGGGGAGAAAUCGGCUUCGACGACUUCUCUAGCCUUUACCAGAAACUGAUUUUUGACGAAAAUAAUGUCCACGAUAUUUUUGACAAGUACUCGUUGUACUGCAAGAAUGGCUCGACCAUCACAUUACGUGAAUUUCAAAGCUUCCUCCGAGUGGAACAGCAUGACAGGCUUGGAGAUGAUGAAGCCGUCGCUUCCCAGUUCAUACGAGAUUACCUGCGCGAUCCGCAAAGGGAUAUCUAUGAACCGUAUUUCACUUUGAAUGAGUUUGUUGAGAUGCUGUUCUCGAAACAAAACACCAUCUGGGACAGUAAACAUGAUGCCGUGACACAGGACAUGACGAGACCACUAUCCCAUUACUGGAUAUCUUCAUCGCAUAAUACGUAUCUCACCGGCGAUCAAUUUUCGAGUGAAUCUUCGUUGGAAGCUUACGUUCGUUGCCUGCGGUCUGGGUGCCGAUGCAUUGAGCUCGACUGCUGGGAUGGCCCGGAUGGAACUCCAUUUAUUUACCACGGCCACACACUGACCACCAAAAUAAGAUUCAUGGAUGUCCUACGAACAAUUAAAGAACACGCUUUCGUGGCGUCCGAUUACCCGUUGAUUCUGUCGAUUGAAGAUAACUGCACCUUGCCUCAACAACGCCGCAUGGCGACCGCUUUCCAAGAUGUCUUCGGAGACAUGCUGGUCGUCCAGCCAUUUGACAAAAACGAGACUUGUUUGCCGUCACCUGAAAACCUGCGCAGAAAAAUAAUUCUAAAGCACAAGAAGUUACCAGAAGGGGCGGAAGAAACUUCCUUUUCGUUUCGUCAGGAAGAGGUAAAGGAUUUAGACUUGCGGAAUUCUAUCAAGAACGGAAUAUUGUUGCUCGAGGACCCGGUAGAUAAGGAGUGGAAUCCCCACGCUUUCGUACUGACGGAAUCCAAGCUGUAUUAUACGGAGCAUUACAGCAAUCAGCAGGAGACUGAUGCGGAGAGUGAUGGAGAGCCUGAAGCCGAGGCCCCUGUGGUUCCUCAGGAGGAGCUGCACUUCGGGGAGUGCUGGUUCCACGGUAAGCUGGCGGGGAACAGGCAGGAGGCCGAGGAGCUGCUGCGGAACCACGCACACCUCGGAGACGGCACGUUCCUAGUGCGCGAGAGCGUCACAUUCGUGGGCGACUACUGCCUGUCGUUCUGGCGCCAGGGCAAAGUCAACCACUGCCGCAUCAAGUUGAAGCAGGAGCGCGGGGUCACCAAGUACUACCUCAUUGACACCGUCUGCUUUGACAGUCUCUAUAGCUUGAUCACACACUACAGGCAGCAUCCAUUGCGCAGUCAGGAAUUCUUGAUUACGCUGAGAGAACCGGUGCCUCAGCCAAACAAGCACGAGGGCAAGGAGUGGUUCCACCCAUUCUGCACUCGUGCUCGGGCAGAAGAGUUGCUACGCAAGGCCAACACUGACGGCGCGUUCCUCGUCCGGCCCAGCGAGAAGGACAACUCUUCCUUUGCUAUAAGUUUCAGGACGCAAAGGGAGAUAAAGCACUGCAGGAUCAAGCUCGAAGGUCGUCUGUACACCAUCGGCACGGUGAGGUUUGAGAGCCUGGUCGAGCUGGUCAGCUACUACGAGAAGAAUCCUUUGUACAAGAAGGUUACGCUGUGGCUGCCCAUCAGCGAAGAACUUGUUAGGCGUAUUAUUGCCGAACCUGACGACAACACUGUGUACGGGACCCCAGGCUACAUGGAUCCGACAGCUUUCACUUCUAAGGUGACUGUGAAAGCUCUGUAUGACUACCGCGCGCGGCUGGACGACGAGCUGUCGUUCUGCAAGCAAGCCAUCAUCACGAACGUGGACAAGCCGGACGGGGGCUGGUGGCGCGGAGACUAUGGCGGCAAGAAGCACCACUGGUUCCCCGCUAACUACGUGCAGGAAAUAGAGGUUCCGCACAUUCCCGACGGCCCAGGUCUCGAGAACGAAACCGCAGCUUUGGGCUCAUUACAGAAAGGCGUCGUAGACGUGCUAGGCGCUGUGGUGGAACUGGUAGUGGGUGAUGAGGGCGGCGCGCCGCGCUGGCUGGUGCGCAUACAGAGCCCGCAGAUGUGCGGCCCCUUCGACAUGGCCGCGCCCACCCGCGAGAUAGCGCUCGAAUGGCUCACCGCCAUCAAAGAGGCAGCCAUCAGUGCCAGUGCCCGCUCCCUUCAGCAUAAAAAGAUGGAACGCACGUGGAGGAUUGCUAAAGAGAUGUCCGACCUGAUAGUCUAUUGUCGCUCCGUCACUUUCAACCAGGAGCGCAUUCGCAACAAAGGCUUCAUAUACAACGAAAUGUCUUCUUUCCCCGAAACCAAAGCUGAGAGGCUGAUGUGCCAACAGGAGACUCCGUUCUUCCUCAAGUAUCACACCAAACAACUGAGUCGCAUUUACCCGAAAGGACAGAGGAUCGAUUCUUCGAACUACAACCCUGUUCCAUUCUGGAACGCUGGCUCUCAGAUGGUAGCUCUGAACUACCAGACCCCGGAUAAGCCGAUGCAGAUUAAUAUGGGAAAGUUCAAGGAGAACGGUGGUUGCGGUUACGUCUUGAAGCCGGAGUUUAUGUUCGAUGAAGGCUACAAUCCGUAUUCGAAGAAGAGUAUUGAAAAGAAAGUGAAGCCGUUGCUAGUGAAACUGCGCUUGAUCGGGGCCAGGCACCUCAUAAAGACAGGCCGUGGCACUACCAGCCCGUCGGUGGAAGUCGAAAUUAUUGGGGCGGAAUAUGAUUCUGGCACUAAACUCGUCACAAAGACAGUUGCUGAUAACGGCCUAAACCCGGUUUGGAACGACAUUUGCGAAUUUGAGGUGAAAAACCCCGAUCUGGCUCUCAUUCGUUUCCUUGUUCAAGAUGAGGACAUGUUCGGAGACAGGAACUUCAUAGGGCAGGCAGUAUUCCCAAUCACAUGCCUGCGAUCUGGGUACCGAAGCGUACCUUUGACCAACGCGUACUCAGAGGAACUUGAGCUAUCAUCGCUGAUGGUCCAUAUAGCCUUCAUCAUCAGCAAAUAGAUGAUUUAGUAAAUAUAAUCCCCUACAGCUGGGCAUGAUGUUUGUAGCCAAAAAUUUGUCAAGAUAUAUACAGUGAGGUGAAAGUAUAUUUAUUACACUACUGGAAACUUUUUAGAGAGGCAAAAUUAUUAUAUUUACUAAAUGUUUAUGAUCGUUUAAAAUUUUAAUGUUAUGAAACUUAUACAACAUGAUAUAAUAUUGUCUUCUAGAACGUAUAUUUAUAUUUUUCAUAUAAAUGUUGAAGUAGGUGUAGAACUAAAAGGUGUGUGUCAGAGUCUACGGUAGUGUUACUGGUUUAGAUUUGAGGUCAUGGUCAUAGAAAAUAAAUAGUUAAUUUAAGAAUGCUACUAUUUUAUAUAAGGCUCUAAUUAAUAUUUAUUUUUCUUCAUGGAAACAUCGUUGCAUCAUUCUUUCAUUCACACACACACACAUCUGGCCUGAUGAUACAACUAAAACACUCAACUAGUGUAGUUUUAAUUUAUAUAAUAUACGAUAUUUAAUAUAUUUUAUAUGUAUAUUGCAGCUUGCAAACAAGGUUUCUCGUAGGUUUUAAAGCCUUGAUGAACUUUCUCGAAUAUUUAAUGUACCUAAGACAAAUUUGAUCUGAUUGAUCUGAAUGGUUGCUAUUUAGCCGGCUGCUAUACUGGCAGCUUAUAUGAAGGGCUGGUGCCAAACUCUAUGUAGAUUAACAAGAAAAGGAGUGCUAUGGCGGUGCUUGAACUCAAAUGAACUAACUAUACAUUAUCUAUGGAUAUUUAAAUUCUCUUGCAUGUUUAUGGUGAAAGUUCAAGCCCGUAUAUUGUAACUGUAAAGUGAGAAGAGUGCCUAACAUGCUAAUUUAUUUGAGGUUUGAAAACAUGGUCUUCCUCGUUAAUCCUAAGUCUCGUCUUCCUGUUUUUUAGAUUAUCCUUAGACUAGGUAUAGUAACACACGGAACCCUUACUUCGGCUGCUGCCAGUUAUUUAAUAACUUUUAACAUUAUUCCCUAUUUAAACUAAUAUUUUAAGGAAGGUCAUGUUUAUAUUUGUGUAUCAGGGAAGCAAAGAAAGCAUAAUAUGAGCUUACUAAGACUGAUUGAGGUAAUUACAACAAAGUGAAAUGAAAGUGAGAAUUUUAAACUCUAUUGCAAUUCCAAAGAUUGGGAUGAAAGCCUUGUUAGCGUGCAAACGCAAGAGUCCAACAUUAGGACACACACAGUUGUCUAUUUUGAGUAUGUAAAAAUACAGAAAUCGAUUAAUAAGUAGGACUUUAGUCAAUGUCGAUUUCUUUGUAGAAAUAUUUUGACACGAAAUAAUCACAAUUACAUUGUAAUCAAUUAUGUUUUAUUAAUGUAUAUGUAUGUUUAAUUGUAGCAUAAUUUAGAUAACGCGUAUACAAUUUUCCAAAUAUUUAGUUAAGUUCAAAUAUCUUCAAGAGUUAAAAUAUUGAAUGAAUAUUUGGUACACAUUGUAUCAUCAAUUUCAUCUUACCAUUUUAUAUUUCAGAUGUUCGCAUAAUAAAUUAGUUGAAAAUAUAAUAUGUAUGUAUGGCAAUACAGUUAUAUUUACAGUACUAGUUAUUUCAAUAUUUUCACAAACUGCUAUAAAUGUGCACAAUAUAAUUUUCAUAGCUGUUGAACGUAUUGGAAAGUUGUAACGGUUUAGCAGGUGAAAGCAAGCACUGGCAAAAUAGGACACUCGCGAUGUCGUCGCAGCUACAAUUAAAUUAUAACGAUGUUCAUUCAAACCCGCUUAGUAUUUAUAUGAAAAAAAAAAACAUAAUUAUUCCUUGCGUCUAUUGCCUGCGUCACCUGUUAAAAGUGAAAACUAAUAUUUAAAAAUCGAAUCAUUAUUAUAGAAUUCAUAAUUAUUUUAUUCUGAAACAUUCACAAAAGUAGUACGUAAUUAGUAGUCGAGAUCGAUCGAAAAUAUUUUAUUAGUAAGUAGAACAAUUUCAAAUAUUAUUUUUUAAAGAUACAUCGAAAAUGUGGUAUAAAUAUACAUGUAUCUAGUUUUUCGUUCCCCCUUUACAGAUUAUUAUUGUAUAAUAAAAUAUUAUUUGUAGGACAUAAAAAUCACAGACUAAUGAUAGGAAUGCUAUUAUUUUUAUUAUGCAUUUACAAUACUUACAUUUAUUUUUACUAAGAUGGAAUAUGACUAAUGCAUUUACAUAAUUUAUAGUGCAAUAUAUUAUUGAAAUCAUUUAAUUACUGGAUAUUAAAAUCACAUAUGUAUAUUUAGUAUCUGACAAAAUAACAUGCUUUAUUGGUCUGUUAUUUUUAUAAAAAUUAAACUAUCAUUGAUAAAAUAACUUAUUUUCGAUCUUGUUAACUUGAAGAUCACUGUAUUCUAUGCUUGUAAUGAAAGUAAAUUCAUUGUAAUUAUAUUUGUAAUGGAUAACGGUUUUUAAAUCUUUAAUUUUUAUUGACUGAUCGCAACAUUAUUGUGAAUUACUACUUCUAAGUUUCUGCAGUUCUAACCAAAAUAGAUGAAAUGAUUUAAUUAAUAUUUUUCAUUGGAAGAACUAUUAUCUCAAAUAAUUGGCGUAAUUUGUAAAUUAUUAAUCCUUGAAAAUUACCGCCACAAAAAUAAGUCAUUUGUGUUGUCAGAUACAAUAAAGUUACGAGAAAUAAAAAGCGGAUUGUAAAAACAAAUAGAUCUGAAUAGUGGCAUCACUAAUUAGAUAAUAUUUUAAUUCAUUGAAAAUAUUAUGUCUCGGGAGGCUCCAGGCAACAAUUUUCCCCGGAAAGCGCUAUGUCAGUUUAAAACAUUAUGCUUACAUUGGCAGAUUGAAAUAAUAGUUUUAAAUUAAAUUCGAAAUUUUGUUGGCGUAUUCAGAAUAAAAUUAUUCAUUUUUCCUCAUAUUCAUUAUUCAUUUAACUUUAUUCAAGAUACCAGUGUAUGAUCGCCCUUAUGUUUAUCUAUUGUUGUGCAGGUUUUAGUUUAGCAAUUUAAAUGUUUGAUGUUUGAGUAGAUGUUAAAUAAAUAUUAAAUAAUUAUAAA